CAAAUAGAAUUACAAUUUUAAAGAAUUUGAGCUAUGAUUUUAAAAAUAUCAAUAUUAAUUAAACUUUAUGGCAUUUUUUAUUGUUUAUAUGUAUCCUCUUAUCAAAGAUAAUCCUGUUCAAAGUAAGGUCGAAUAUUAUAUGUGGGCACAUUUUUUAAUAAAAAUUUAAAUAUUAAUUUGCCAUGUUAUGAGGGACAAGCCCCUUCUGUUAAGCUUAAUCUUUAUUGGUAUUAAAUAUUAUGGCAUUAAAAUUUUUUAUCUUUAACCAAGUGGGUGUGAUAGGAAUGGUAGCAGUUUGGGUCCUUUAAGCAUUAUUUCAGGAUUUCCUGAAUGUCUAUGUAGAGAGCAUUUUUUUGAGAGAGAAAAACCUCUUGAAUUGAAUUUAAAAUUUUUGAGGAAUUAAUCUCUUGAUUGCUGGUCAUGGAGCUAUCCUAGUCCCCCAGAAUCGAAAAAAUUAUCUCCAUUGUUUUUAUUUAUCAUUAAUUUUUUUGGUCUAAUGUUCAUAAUGAAUAUUAAUUAUAAGCUUUUAAUUAUUUUUUAUAUUUAUUUUUGAGCCUCUGUUUGCGGGAAGACGUAGUUUACUGCUUCAAGGGACGAAGGGAGUUAGAAGUAAACAAUUAACAAGUGGUUGUGUAAGCCUUUAACACGUGUCCUACACCAAUACGUGGCACCUUUAACAACCGCCCAUGUUCACUCAAAAACCAGAAAUAACGAACACAUCCCAAACAAUAAACUACGCAAGAGGGAAUGCAACUCUGAAUCCUGAAUCCACUUGGAGUCCCAAAUCGACAGAUUCGCUUAUGGCGCAAGAAAAGGCGAUCAGAGUCAGUGAUAGCGCCAAACAUUCAAGUUAUGAUACCUACUUUGAAACCAUCCAAUCCCGGAAGAAAUUAGCACCGGCAUUGCAGGAGACAUUGACCGACGCAUUUGCUAAGAUUCCUGUUUCUUCUUUUCCAGGAGUUCCUGGAGGAAAAGUGGUCGAAAUACCAGCAAACACAUUGAUUGGUGACGCGGUUAGGAUUCUAUCUGAUUGCAACAUAUUGUCAGCACCAGUAAGAGAUCUAGAUGCAGGAACUAGUUCAGAUUGGAGAGACAGGUACCUUGGCAUAAUAGAUUAUUCAGCUAUUAUUAUGUGGGUGAUGGAGAGUGCAGAAGUUGCAGCAGCUGCCUUAUCGGCCGGUACAGCAGCAGCUGCCGGAGUUGGUGCUGGAGCUGUGGGUGCCCUAGGAGCAAUAGCAAUGGGAAUAACAGGUCCUGCUGCAGUUGCUGGGUUAACUGCUGCAGCAGUUGGUGCUGCAGUUGCCGGUGGUGUUGUAGCCGACAAAGGGGCAGGUAAAGAUGGCCCUGAAGCUGCUGAUAAUCUGGGUGAGGACUUCUACAAAGUAAUACUGCAAGAAGAACCCUUCAAGUCAACAAUGGUGCGAUCCAUACUCAAAUCAUACCGGAGGACUCCUUUUGUUCCAGUUUCAAAAGAUAGCAGUAUGUUGACUGUUUUGCUGCUUCUCUCAAAAUAUAGGCUGAGGAACGUGCCAGUGAUAGAACCAGGCAAGCCUGACCUUGUAAAUUAUGUUACUCAGUCCGCAGUUGUUCAAGGUCUUGAGGGAUGCCAAGGAAGAGAUUGGUUUGACUGCAUUGCUGCCAGGCCUCUAUCUGAUUUGGGACUUCCUUUUAUGUCCUCUGACGAGGUUGUCAGCAUCGAGAGGGAUGAAUUGAUUCUUGAAGCUUUCAAGAAAAUGAAGGAUCAUAAGAUCGGUGGUCUUCCCGUGGUAGAGGGGCAAAAUAAGAGAAUUGUCGGAAAUGUAAGCAUUAGAGACAUCAGAUACUUGUUGCUGAAGCCCGAGCUUUUCUCCAAUUUUAGGAAACUUAGUGUGAUGGAUUUCAUGAACGCAGUAUCUCCAAAAACUAGAAAUAUCAAGAAGCCCAUAACAUGCAAUCUUGAUGCCUUACUGGGAGAUGUGAUCCACACUCUUGCUUCUCAGCGUGUGCAUAGGAUUUAUGCUGUAUGUAGUGAAGGAGAAGUAACUGGAGUCAUUACACUGAGAGAUGUGAUUUCUUGCUUCAUCUCAGAACCUCCUUACCAUUUUGACGAUUACUUAGGAUUUGCUGUGGAAGAAAUGUUGAGUCAUCAGUGACUUUAUAUGAAAGUCUUGAUACAUGGAGACUUAGAGUGCUCGAAAUGUAGCAAACUCUGUUGAAGUAUCAGAGUAAAUAAUGCAAUCAAAUUUUUGCUUUCAUAUGUAAUUCUCAUGUCACUUUCUGUCCAGCUAAAAUCACAAAGGUCAUCCAAACCAUUAUCAUUGAUCAUCCUCCUUUUCCUUUCCCCAUCCCUAGAUCUCCCCACCCCAGCAU